AUGCGUACUUUCACUGACUUUGUUUCUGGCGCACCUAUUGUAAGGAGUCUUCAGAAAAGCACCAUAAGGAGAUAUGGGUACAAUUUGGCACCCCACAUGUUUUUGUUACUACACGUAGAUGAGCUAUCGAUUUUUUCUGCAUACCAAGCAAGUUUACCUGGCGAAAAGAAAGUCGACACAGAGCGGCUGAAGCGUGAUCUAUGCCCACGUAAACCCAUUGAGAUAAAGUACUUUUCACAGAUAUGUAACGAUAUGAUGAACAAAAAGGACCGAUUGGGUGAUGUUUUAGCUACAGCGCAACGUAUACGUCGACGAUACAACAAGAACGGUUCAUCGGAGCCUCGACUAAAGACGCUUGACGGACUCACUUCCGAGCGCUGGAUUCAAUGGUUAGGCCUUGAAAGCGACUACCAUUGUUCAUUCUCUAGUACUCGGAAUGCGGAAGACGUAGUGGCAGGUGAGGCGGCGAGUUCAGAUCAUGAUCAAAAAAUUUCAAGAGUAACGCGAAAAAGGCCCCGAGAGCCCAAGAGUACAAACGAUAUCCUCGUCGCAGGCCAGAAACUCUUUGGCAGCUCCUUUGAAUUCAGGGACUUGCAUCAGUUGCGCUUAUGUCAUGAAAUAUACAUGGCAGACACACCCUCUGUGGCAGUACAGGCCCCACCGGGCUAUGGUAAGACGGAGUUAUUUCAUCUCCCCUUGAUAGCACUGGCGUCUAAGGGCGACGUGAAAUAUGUGUCGUUUCUGUUUGUACCGUACACAGUGUUGCUUGCUAAUUGCAUGAUCAGGUUGGGCCGAUGCGGUUGCUUGAAUGUGGCCCCUGUAAGAAACUUUAUUGAAGAAGGUUGCGAUGGCGUUACUGAUUUAUACGUGGGGAUCUACGAUGAUCUUGCUAGCACUAAUUUCACAGACAGGAUAGCUGCGUGGGAGAAUAUUGUUGAGUGCACCUUUAGGACCAACAACGUAAAAUUGGGUUACCUCAUUGUAGAUGAGUUUCACAACUUUGAAACGGAGGUCUACCGGCAGUCGCAAUUUGGGGGCAUAACUAACCUUGAUUUUGACGCUUUUGAGAAAGCAAUCUUUUUGAGCGGCACAGCACCUGAGGCUGUAGCUGAUGCUGCGUUGCAGCGUAUUGGGCUUACGGGACUGGCCAAGAAGUCGAUGGACAUCAACGAGCUCAAACGGUCGGAAGAUCUCAGCAGAGGUCUAUCCAGCUAUCCAACACGGAUGUUUAAUCUAAUCAAGGAGAAAUCCGAGGUGCCUUUAGGGCAUGUUCAUAAAAUUUGGAAGAAAGUGGAAUCACAGCCCGAAGAAGCACUGAAGCUUCUUUUAGCCCUCUUUGAAAUUGAACCAGAGUCGAAGGCCAUUGUAGUUGCAAGCACAACCAACGAAGUGGAAGAAUUGGCCUGCUCUUGGAGAAAGUAUUUUAGGGUGGUAUGGAUACACGGGAAGCUGGGUGCUGCAGAAAAGGUGUCUCGCACAAAGGAGUUUGUCACUGACGGUAGCAUGCGAGUUCUCAUCGGAACGAAAUUAGUGACUGAAGGAAUUGACAUUAAGCAAUUGAUGAUGGUGAUCAUGCUUGAUAAUAGACUUAAUAUUAUUGAGCUCAUUCAAGGCGUAGGGAGACUAAGAGAUGGGGGCCUCUGUUAUCUAUUAUCUAGAAAAAACAGUUGGGCGGCAAGGAAUCGUAAGGGUGAAUUACCACCGAUUAAGGAAGGCUGUAUAACCGAACAGGUACGCGAGUUCUAUGGACUUGAAUCAAAGAAAGGAAAAAAGGGCCAGCAUGUUGGAUGCUGUGGCUCCAGGACAGACCUGUCUGCUGACACAGUGGAACUGAUAGAAAGAAUGGACAGAUUGGCUGAAAAACAGGCGACAGCUUCCAUGUCGAUCGUUGCGUUACCGUCUAGCUUCCAGGAGAGCAAUAGCAGUGACAGGUGCAGAAAGUAUUGCAGCAGUGAUGAGGACAGCAACACGUGCAUUCAUGGUAGUGCUAAUGCCAGUACCAAUGCGACUACCAACUCCAGCACUAAUGCUACUACCACUGCCAGCACCAACGUCAGGACUAGUGCUACUACCACUGCCAGCAUCAACGUCAGGACUAGUGCGACUACCACUGAAAGUACCAACUCCAGCACUAAUGCUACUACCACUGCCAGCACCAACGUCAGGACUAGUGCUACUACCACUGCCAGCAUCAACGUCAGGACUAGUGCGACUACCACUGAAAGUACCAACUCCAACACUAGUGCUACUACCACCGAAAGUACCGACUCCAACACUAGUGCUACUACCACUGAAAGUACCGACUCCAGCACUAAUGCUACUACCACUGCCAGCAUCAACGUCAGGACUAGUGCGACUACCACUGAAAGUACCAACUCCAACACUAAUGCUACUACCACUGAAAGUACCAACUCCAGCACUAAUGCUACUACCACUGAAGGUACCAACUCCAACACUAGUGCUACUACCACUGCUAGCACCAACUCCAGCACUAAUGCUACUACCACUGAAAGUACCAACGCUAGUGCCAAGGAGGACGCCAAUAAAGAUGGCAAUGCUGAGGAUAAUAGAUUCCAUCCAGUCACCGACAUUAACAAAGAGUCGUAUAAGCGGAAAGGGAGUCAAAUGGUUUUGCUAGAGAGAAAGAAACUGAAAGCACAAUUUCCCAAUACUUCCGAGAAUAUGAAUGUCUUACAGUUUCUUGGAUUUCGGUCUGACGAAAUUAAACAUCUUUUCCUCUAUGGUAUUGACGUAUACUUCUGCCCAGAGGGAGUAUUCACACAAUACGGAUUAUGCAAGGGCUGUCAAAAGAUGUUCGAGCUCUGUGUCUGUUGGGCUGGCCAGAAAGUAUCGUAUCGGAGGAUGGCUUGGGAAGCACUAGCUGUGGAGAGAAUGCUGCGAAAUGACGAGGAAUACAAAGAAUACUUGGAAGACAUCGAGCCAUAUCAUGGGGACCCUGUAGGGUAUUUGAAAUUUUUUAGCGUAAAAAGGGGAGAGAUCUACUCUCAGAUACAGAGAAAUUAUGCUUGGUACCUGGCCAUUACUAGAAGAAGAGAAACAAUUAGUGUAUUGGAUUCGACAAGAGGCAAGCAAGGGAGCCAAGUUUUCCGCAUGUCUGGAAGGCAGAUCAAAGAGUUGUAUUAUAAAGUAUGGAGCAACUUGCGUGAAUCGAAGACAGAGGUGCUGCAGUACUUUUUGAACUGGGACGAGAAAAAGUGCCGGGAAGAAUGGGAGGCAAAAGACGAUACGGUCUUUGUGGAAGCGCUCGAGAAAGUUGGAGUUUUUCAGCGUUUGCGUUCCAUGACGAGCGCUGGACUGCAGGGUCCGCAGUACGUCAAGCUGCAGUUUAGCAGGCAUCAUCGACAGUUGAGGAGCAGAUAUGAAUUAAGUCUAGGAAUGCACUUGCGAGAUCAGCUUGCGCUGGGAGUUACCCCAUCUAAAGUGCCGCAUUGGACGGCAUUCCUGUCGAUGCUGAUAGGGCUGUUCUACAAUAAAACAUUUCGGCAGAAACUGGAAUAUCUUUUGGAGCAGAUUUCGGAGGUGUGGUUGUUACCACAUUGGGUUGAUUUGGCAAACGUUGAAGUUCUCGCUGCAGAUAACACGAGGGUACCAUGCUGA